UUGGCCGACUGGUCCACAUUCACCAUUCCCAGAAGAACUACAGCGUCAGAGUCUCAGGCAGGAGACUAGCCAGUCCUACCUCAGACAGAACUUGUAACUGUACCCCUAGACUGCAAAACAACAUAUUACAGAAAGACUUUUGUGUGAGUCGUAUUGAGAGUGUAAGUCGGCGUCGUGGUGUGGUGGUAGCGAGUGUUAGCGACGACGGCACCUGGGCGGCAGCUUGGGUGGCAGGCGGCGACUUGUACCUCUACAGAGCUCGGGGAGCGUCAUUUUCCGCUGCCACAGGAGACGCAGACACAGCUGCGUCACUUGGGUGUGCGAGGUGUGGGUGUGAGCGGGGCGGCGCCCAGCCUGGAGCAGCGAGCACAGAAGGAGGCAGCUGACCGUCGUAGGUCAGCCAUGGAGAACCAAGCGGCGCUUCUCCAGCAGAAGCUCUCCAAACUUAAGUGGGACUUCAAAAAACUAACUCUAAGAGCCGAUGAAAUUGACGGAGGCCGAACAUUGUUGGAGGAACUGCCGCUGCACCCCACCAUUACCUCGGCUCUUCACCAGCACACCACCAGUAACAUGAACCAGGUGGUGGCUAGCAGCAGCAGGGAGCUGGAGCUCCUGGAGGUACUGCUCGAGAAACUUAAGACACUGUACUCGUGGAAAACCCCCUCGUCUCUGUCCCCUACGUACGGUUCCUCAGGUCAGCCUCACCCACCGUACACUGAAACCUCUCUUGUUUUCUACGUGGCUGUACGUGUAAUGUGUCCGCUUUGUCACUCCAAAUAA